UCUUAUUCUUUUAUAUUCUUCAUUUCAUUCGUAGUUUGUUUCUGAAUGUGAGAAGUAAUAACAACAAGCUGAAUUUCAUUACUUUGGUUGAGAAAAACAUGAAGAUAAUAUUGAGUAUUCUCAAGUUAGUUGCAGUACUCUUUAUUGUGGUGUUGAACUUGUUUGUGAAUGGAGCUGUUGGUUGCUUAGAGAAUGAGAGACAAGCUCUUCUUCAAUUGAAGGCAAGCCUUGUGUUGGAUGACACUUCCUUGUUGACUACAUGGGACAGUAAGAGUGAUGGUUGCUGUGCAUGGGAAGGAAUCCGUUGUAACAAUCAAACUGGACAUGUUGAAAUGUUUCAUCUAAGUCAUCCUCUGUUUGGAUUUUUUCCAGGUGAGAUCAACGCAUCUUUGAUGGAGUUGAGACAUUUAAAAUAUUUGAACAUUAGUGGGAAUCGAUUUUCAAACAGUAUAUUUUCAGAAUUAUUUGGUUCACUUACCAACUUGAGAUUCCUUGACCUCCAAGAUUCAUUUUCUGGGGGAAGAAUUCCAAAUGAUCUUGGUCGUCUUUCAAACUUGCAAUAUCUUGAUCUUUCACAGAACGAUCUGGAGGGUACAAUCCCUCAUCAACUUGGAAAUCUCUCUCAUUUGCAUUACCUUGAUCUUUCAGCAAAUGAUUUUGUUGGAACCAUUCCUCAUCAACUUGGAAGCCUUUCAAAGUUGCAGGAGCUUAAUCUUGGAUACAAUUUCAGACUCAAAUUUGAUGAUAAGAACAAUCAUGUUGGAGGUCAGUGGCUUUCUAAUCUCACUCUUUUAACCCAUCUUGACUUGAGUGGCAUAUCAAAUCUCAACUCUUCUCAUGUCUGGCUGCAAAUGAUUGCUAAGCUACCUAAAAUACAAGAGUUGAAGCUAUCUUUUUGUGGCAUUUCUGAUCUUUACCUCCAUUCUCUGUCCCAUUCACGGUUGAACUUUUCUACUUCUCUUGCAAUCCUUGACCUUUCAUAUAAUGCCUUUUCAUCUUCCAAAAUAUUUGAAUGGGUGUUUAAUGCCACCUCCAACUUAAUUGAGCUUGAUCUUAGUUAUAACAAUUUCAAUGGCACUAUUUCAUACGAUUUUGGCAACAUCAAAAGCCCUCUUAAACUACUUGACUUGUCGGAAAAUGAACUACAAGGUGGAGUUCCAGAAUCUAUUAGACAUAUAUGUACGUUACAAUCAUUGCAUCUUGAUCGUAGCAACUUGAAUGAAGACAUUUCAACCAUUCUACACAAAUUGUCUGGUUGUGCAAGAUACUCGCUGCAAUAUUUGAGUUUACAUGACAACAAAAUUACUGGAGCACUGCCUAAUUUUUCAAUAUUCUCAUCUCUAGUAACAAUCGACCUUUCAUUCAAUAUGUUAAGCGGGAAGAUUCCAGAUGGAAUUCCAAAAUCAUUGGUGUCUUUGGGAUUUGGCUCAAAUUCUCUAGAAGGUGGAAUUCCAAAAUCAUUUGGUAACCUAUGUUCAUUAAGAUCGCUAGAGUUGUCAAGUAACAGGUUGAGUGAAGAUCUCUCAGUGAUACUUCAUAAUUUAUCUUUUGGGUGCACAAAAGACUCACUUCAAGAAUUAUACUUGGAUAUCAACCAAAUGUCUGGCACUCUACCUGACAUGUCAAUGUUCUCAUCUUUAAGAACUCUGAGCCUAUCCAGCGGUUUAUUAAAUGGGAGGAUACUAAAAAAUUCAACAUUCCCCUUUCAUUUAGUGAGUCUAUACUUGGAUUCUAAUAAUUUUGAAGGUGUGAUUACCGACUCUCAUUUUGGAAACAUGUCUAUGUUAAAGGAUUUAUACUUGAAUGACAACUCAUUGUCUCUCGUAUUUCCUGAAAAUUGGGUGCCAGCUUUUCAAUUGAAUACCAUUGGGUUAAGGUCAUGUAUGUUAGGGCCUAGAUUUCCAAAAUGGUUGCAGAGUCAAAACCUUCUUCAACAGAUAGACAUUUCUAAUGCUAAAAUUACAGAUGCAGUUCCAGUAUGGUUUUGGACUCAAACAAAAUAUUUAAAGUUCAUGAAUAUUUCAUACAAUAAUCUCUUUGGCACAAUUCCAAAUUUGCCUAUAAGAUUUUCUGAAGGUUGUGAAGUAAUUCUUGACUCAAAUCAAUUUGAAGGUUCAAUCCCUCUGUUUCUGCAAAGUGCAGCAUUUCUACGGUUGUCUGAGAACAAAUUUUCAGAUACUCGUUUAUUGUUAUGCUCUAACAAUACAAUCGAUAGAUUGCACCUAUUGGAUAUAUCAAAGAAUAAACUAUCCAAGCAGCUCCACAAUUGUUGGAGUCAUUUGAAAUCAUUGGUAUUUCUAGAUUUGAGUGACAAUACUUUGUCUGGUGAAGUACCAUCCUCAAUGGGAUCAUUACAUGCACUUACAGUAUUGAUAUUGCGUAACAAUUCCUUCACUGGGAAGUUGCCCGUCACCUUGAAAAAAUGCACACGACUGAUCAUGCUUGAUGUUGGAGAUAAUAGUUUCUCCGGACCAAUACCGUAUUGGUUAGGACAAGAAUUGGAAAUGUUAAGCUUACGAAGGAAUCAGUUUAAUGGAAGUAUUCCACAGAGUCUUUGUUACUUAACAAAUAUUCAACUGUUGGAUCUCUCAGAAAACAGUCUAUCAGGAGGAGUUUUCAAAUGCUUGAUGAAUUUUUCCGCAAUGUCUCAAAAUGAUUCCUCAACUAGAGCCAUACUCUUAGGUUUACCUUACUCAUAUGGAAACGGGUUUACUUCCGGCUAUAUAUCCUAUGAUUUGAUUGCUGUGCUGAUGUGGAAAGGUACAGAACGAUCGUUCAAGAAUAAUAAACUCAUUUUGAACAGCAUUGAUCUUUCAAGCAAUCAAUUGACCGGAGACAUUCCACAAGAAAUAGGGAACUUGAUAAGAUUGGUAUCCUUGAAUUUAUCAAGAAACAACUUGUCUGGAGAAAUCACUUCAAAGAUAGGAAGAUUAACAUCACUUGAUUCUCUUGACUUGUCACAAAACCAUUUCUUUGGUCCAAUUCCUCAAUCUCUGACUCAAAUUGACCGUCUGUCUACGUUGAAUCUAUCUCAUAACAAUCUGUCUGGAAGAAUUCCAAUCAGCACACAGUUACAGAGUUUCGAUGCAUCAAGUUAUGAAGGGAAUGUUGAUCUUUGUGGGAAACCGCUUGACAGGAAAUGUCCAGGAGAUGAAGAGGUUGCUCAUCCAAAACCAGAACCACAUGAAGAAAGUAGCCCAGAAGAUAAAAAACCAAUUUAUUUGAGCGUGGCACUGGGAUUUAUCACAGGAUAUGGAGCACUUUGGGGAUCAUUGUUUCUCAUCAAAACUUGGAGACAUAAAUAUGUCUUGUUCUUGAACAACAUAGUUGACACGAUGUAUGUGUUUAUGAUGCUGAAAGGAAUUAAAUUUCAAAGGUGGCUCAGAAGUUUGCAGGAAAAGUUUGUCUAAUUGAAGCAUUUGCAUCUCUGUUGAAGAAAGAUAGCAGCUGAUGAGACAAAAAUAAAGGAGUUCAAAGUUCUCUGUUUCAAUUCAGUUUGUGAAGCAUGUAUGCUGUGAGAUUGAUAUUGUUAUUCUGAAAAUGUUUUAUAAUCUAGUUAUUGAGAUACUGUAAUGGUGCUACUCUUUGUCCUACUUUACUUUUCCAACAUAGUUGUAUUAAUGUUAUUUAAAGAAUAAGUAGAACUGGAAGUUUCCAAAUACUGGAUUGGAGUAAAAAAUUUGAUUGUUUUUA